AUGGAGGUGGACGUGCCUAAGCCAUUCUUGGACCACGUAAAAGAAGUACGGGAACGGAAGAACCGACCCAAGAUCGACUUCAACUCAGAGGACUUUAAGCGAGACCCGGCAUCAUUUAUGACAUCGGGAAGCAGCGGCGUCAGCAUGGCCUUCGUUCAGAUGGAUGUGAAGUGGGCCCAAGAACAUGGCAAGCACGAGACCACGAGCCUUGCCAGAAGCUGGACCAGCUUGCUGGAGAACGGAGGAAUCUCUGCGCAGAUUUAUGACACGGACCCAGGUUCCAUUCUAAUCGUGAACAAGGUCCCAGCUCAGAACAUCAAGAUCAAAGAGUUUGUGCUUUCCCAGCCAAACGUUGACUAUUAUGAGCUGAACCAGAAGCGCUUCUACCCAGACGGGCGAACGGCACCGCUGGUCCCCGAUGAGGAGCGAAAGGAGAGAAUGGCAGCGAUGCCUGGCCGACUUGGAGCUGACAGGCCAAAGCCUGUCUACAAGCCAGCCGAGAAGGAUGUCGCAAAGACAGGUCGGACGGGGCUUGCUCAAGCAACGCUCAUCGCUCAACGCUCAAGUGUCGAGGCACGCGUGGCUGAGCUCGAGGCGCAGGUGCGCGAGCUGGAAGCCGAGCUUAGCCGAGAGCCAAGCUCGGAGCUUGCAGAGCUUCGUGCCAUCGUGGAGGCGCAGGAGGCCCUUUGA